CAGACAGAGAAAAUAUACAGAGAAUAGAGAGCUGGAUUGGCUUAAUAUGGGAGAGGGAGGGAAUAGUUCACCAUUGUUUGAGACGAAGAGGGCCAAGGGGAUAGUUCUAUAUAGGCUUUUUGCUGCGUCUAUCUUCGUAGGUAUAUGUUUGAUCUGGGUUUACAGAGUGACUCACAUUCCAGAAGAUGGAAGGCUUGGCUGGAUGGCUCUGCUUGGUGCUGAGUUAUGGUUCGGGUUUUACUGGCUCCUCACUCAAGCUUCCCGGUGGAACCGUGUGUAUCGGCACACCUUCAAGGAUGUGCUCUCAGAGAGAUAUGAGGAUGAGUUGCCGGGAGUGGAUGUAUUCGUGUGCACGGCGGACCCGACUAUAGAGCCGCCGAUGAUGGUCAUAAACACAGUUUUAUCGAUCAUGGCUUAUGACUACCCACCGGAGAAGCUUAGUGUGUAUUUAUCCGAUGAUGGCGGAUCAGAACUUACAUACUAUGCUUUAUUGGAAGCUGCUGAGUUUGCCAAGCACUGGAUACCAUAUUGCAAGAAGUACAAUGUGGAGCCAAGGUCACCUGCUGCUUACUUUGCCUCACUAGCUUCUGAUAAUGCAGGGGAUUUCACUCACAUUAAGAAAUUAUACAAAGACAUGGAGAAUAAAAUCGAAACUGCAGUGAAGUUAGGCAGCAUUUCUGAAGAAGUACGAUCAAUAUACAAAGGCUUUGCUAAGUGGAAUUCAUAUUCAUCUCGACGUGACCAUGACACGGUUCUACAAAUAGUAAUUGAUGGGAGAGACUCAAAUGCAAGACAUACUGAAGGGUGUAGACUGCCAAACUUAGUGUAUUUGGCUCGCGAAAAGCGACCUCAAUAUCACCAUAACUUCAAAGCCGGAGCUAUGAAUGCACUGAUAAGAAUAUCUUCAAACAUUAGCAAUGGGAAGGUUAUCCUUAAUGUAGACUGUGAUAUGUAUUCAAACAACUCUAAGGCCAUAAGGGAUGCUCUCUGCUUCUUAAUGGAUGAAGAAAAAGGCCAUGAGAUUGCAUAUGUACAGUUCCCACAAAAUUUCGAAAACGUUACCAAGAAUGAGCUAUAUAGUUCUACACUACGAGUAAUCAGCGAGGUGGAAUUUCAUGGUUUGGAUGGUUAUGGUGGUACUUUAUACGUUGGAAGUGGAUGCUUUCACAGAAGAGAUACUCUUUGUGGGAGGAAGUUCAACAAAGAAUAUAAGAGUGAGAUGAAGUGGGAGAAUAGGAAAGGAGAAGAAACCAGCAUUCUAAAAUUGGAAGAGAGUUGUAAAAGUCUAGCAAGUUGUACAUUUGAAGAGAACACUCAAUGGGGAAAAGAGAUGGGUUUGAAAUAUGGGUGCCCGGUUGAAGAUGUUAUAACGGGGUUAUCCAUCCAAUGCCGCGGAUGGAAAUCAGUGUACUGCAAUCCAACAAGGCAAGCUUUCUUAGGAGUAGCUCCAACUACACUACCUCAAACGCUUGUGCAGCACAAGAGAUGGUCAGAAGGUGAUUUUCGGAUUUUGGUUUCUAAGUACAGUCCUGCAUUGUAUGGCCAUGGAAAGAUUAGUUUAGGCCUUCAGCUCGGAUAUUGCUGCUACUGCCUUUGGGCUCCAAAUUGCUUGGCAGUACUAUGUUACUCCAUUCUCCCUUCACUCUACCUUCUUAGAGGCAUCUCAGUAUUCCCACAGAUCACAAGUCCCUGGUUCAUACCAUUUGCAUAUGUGAUCAUCGCCAAGUACUCUUGGAGCUUUGUGGAGUUUUUGUGGUCUGGUGGCACAAUCUUGGGCUGGUGGAACGACCAAAGAAUAUGGCUAUACAAAAGAACAAGCUCCUACUUAUUUGCCUUCAUGGAUACCAUACUGUAUCUUCUGGGGUACUCAGAUUCAGGGUUUGUAAUAACAGCCAAGGUGGCCGAUGAAGAUGUGUCACAAAGAUACGAGAAAGAGAUUAUGGAAUUCGGAUCCUCCUCUCCAAUGUUCGUCAUAUUAGCAACAGUGGCAUUGCUCAAUUUGUACUGCUUUGCUGGGUUUCUCAAGGAAGCAAUCACUAGAAAAGGAACUGUUGAAGCUUAUGAUGAGACGAUGGCUUUGCAAAUUCUUUUAUGUGGUGUUCUAAUUGUCAUCAACCUGCCGUUGUAUGAAGCCCUUUACUUGAGGCAGGACAAUGGGAAAAUGCCAAGUUCUGUGGUAUUUAAGUCGAUGGCAUUUGCCGCACUAACUUGUGUAUUUACUCAAGUCUUGUUCUAAUUUGAAUAACGAGCUGUAACAACAGCAUCUAUA